UCACAUCUGCAGGUGGCAGCGGGCACACACUGUGUAGUAUAGGAAGUGAACCCUCCCGUGCCCCGUAGUGUGCCGUGUACGAUCCUUGCCCCGUACUCCUGUACUCUGCACACACUGACAGCAGAGCGGGGAAGAGCACGGAACUAAAGACAUCAGUCCGCGUACACGGGGAAGCUAAUUCUUAGGGACCAGGUCGGUGAAGGCAGCAGUGAGGGGCUGGAGGCUGGAUUUCAGGUUACAAUGGCAGAGAUUGAGGUACAAACUGCAGAGCUCCCUUCCAGCCUCACAGAGACCAGUAACCAGAGUCAGCCUGCAGUACAACAAAAGCAGCUACCUCCCUUAUGUAGAUUUUUUUCCCAGGGUCGUUACUGUCAGUUUGGGCGAAGAUGCCGCUUUUUGCAUCAACGCCCAGAAGUCAGACCUUAUGAAAAAAAUAAUAAUCCAGGAGAAAUGUCUAAAACUGCAGGUGCAAGUGGUAUAACAGAAAUGUCUGUAUCACAUAAUAAGAAUGAGGUGAAGUCGGUCCCUCCUAGAAAUAGAAGACUGUGCCGCUAUUUUGCCUCUGGUUACUGUUCGAUGGAGACCAACUGCAGGUUCUGGCAUCCAGAAAAGAUUCCACCAGUACAGGAUGACCGCUCUGUAAGCAAGAAACCAUUUCCGAAAGAAAAGGUGGAACGGCCAAUAGCAGUUCCAGAGGUCAUCCGAGCCUCAAAUGUAACUACUGAAGUUGCUGCUCAGCUAAGAAAGACAGAGAUUUCCCAGCUAUUAAAGAGAUUUCCAAAAGACAAAGUCAUCAUUCAAGAAAGAGAAGAUGGAAAAGUUACAUAUUACAGAAUAACAGUUGAGCCUACAGAUCCAGAUUGGCCUUUUGACCUGAAAGAGAUGGAAAUCUUGCUGGAGUUUCCAGAGGAUUAUCCCUUGGAGGUUUUUACAAUACAAAUCCCUGAGGAUCAAGUUUUACCCUCACUUAUGGGCAGAUAUGUGUGUGAAGCAUCUGAGGCAUGGCUACAAGGAAAGCAUGCAACAAAUCAACUGAUUGGGAAGGUGGAGCUUUUAUUCCGUCCUUUUCUACACUGGCUUGAUCGCAACUUGGAACGACUGUUUACAGAAGGAGCUCGGCUGUUAAAGAGAGACAUUGAUGUAGAAAAGGCUGGGCUGGAGUUUGUACCAUACCAGCAACUACAAGCAGCCAUCGCUGAUCAAUCAAGUGAGAAUGUCAACACUGAUAGUGGUUUGCAAGAAACCGAGCUGGAGGAAAGCCUGGAGGAAGAUCUGGAGGAUGACGAUUCUGAUAGCUGGAUUAGCUGUGAUGACGAUAACGAUGAUCCAGAGCCUGGCACGGCAUCCGAUGGUAUGAAGAGUGUGCAAGGAGGAGGAGGCCCUGGUCCAAGAAAGGGGACAGAACUCCAGUUCAUAGGGCUGAGACUAGGAGAAGGAGUGGGAACUUUAACAGCAUAUCGCAUAGUCGUGUCCCUGCUCUGCAGCAGGUGUAAUGUUACAGCGGACCUGUCACUGACUGGAAAGCAGCCAUGUGCAGCACAAUGUGAGAAAUGUAACAGUCGCAUUACCGGCACUUUUCAUCCAAGUAUCCUUCACCAAUACUCAUCGGUUCUGGGAUAUGUGGACAUUCAAGGAGCAUCUGCCAAGGAUUUUGUAUUGCCAGAGUGUACUUUCAUGGUCAGCUGUUUAAACUGUUCUCAUGAAGAGUCAAUACAGGAUCUCUCUUUUGGUUUAACUAAAGACCUGAAUUGUCUGAACUGCCACAGCAAACUCAGCAUUUUGACUGAAGCUGUCAGAUUCCAGAAGGUUCAGCGGUACCCAAGUAAAGCCAUCGGGAAUAAGGAUCAGCACAGCUAUGGUAGGAAGAAACUAAGAGAUCCAGCAAUACAAUCGGGAAAACCUCUUCCGGAUCAAGGAACCUGUAGACAUUACAGGAAGAGCUGCCGAUGGUACAGGUUUCCAUGCUGCGGGAAAGCUUAUCCAUGUGAUGCCUGUCAUGAUGAAGUUGAAGACCAUAUAAUGGAGCUAGCAACUCGCAUGUUAUGUGGUUUUUGUGCUAAAGAGCAGCCAUAUAAUAACGGGAAGCCCUGCAUAUCAUGUGGGAACAUGAUGAAUAAGAACCUGCAAUCCAUACACUGGGAGGGUGGCAAAGGUUGCAGAAACAAGAUUAAGAUGUCUAGGAAAGAUAAGCAAAAAUAUGCUAAUAGCAACAAGACUGUAUCACGGAGAAGCACAAUCAAGAAGUAACUUCAGUACAACACUGUGCAAAUGUGUCUUCAUAAAUACUGCACUUGAUUGUGACAAAGAUGAUGACCUAGGAAAGAAUCUGAGAAGUCAAAGUUCAUACCAAAGAAUGCAGACACCUUUAGUGAUGGUGUAAACUUAUUUGGAAUUGUGGAACUGCAAGAAAAUCUCUGGUUAAUUUUGCUUUAUUGAUAAUGUUUUAGCCUGUAAUUUGACAGCGUUGAAUAAAAAAAAAAAAGACCUGCACUUCUGUAUCAUAUACAACUUUGUUUCCAAAAAAGUUGGGACGCUAUGUAAAAUCUACAUAAAAACAGAAUGCAAUGAUUUGCAAAUCUCAUAAACCCAUACAGGUAGUCCCCAGUUUACAAACAAGAUUGGUUCUGUGGGUUUGUUCUUAAAGGAGUUGUAAAGG